GAUCACUUUUGUUAUUUCUCUUCAUUCCAGCAGUACUUCCAUGAUAAUCAAUAGCAGGAGUUUAAUGUCCAUUCAGUAUUUGCCAUGAAGGCUGUAGAAAAAGAAGAGAUGAAGCUUCAUUAAUCCCGAAAUUACAAAGCGACCAGCUGCUUCCAUUCAACACAUGCAAUAAAAGAAAAAAGAAAAAUAAAUCCAUACCAAACCAUUAAAAUCUAUUGGUUAAAAAUAUUAAUAGAUUUAAAAUAUAUAAUAAAUCCAUAACAUAUUCAGAUAUUAAAAUCUACUACAGUAAAACCAUUAAAACUGAUCUAGUUCACACUGAUCUGUAAAUAUUAGACCUCUGCUGAAUACACUCUUCUUCCCAGUGAAGGUUUGGUGCUGCAGUUGUGAGGGAUUGGUCACAAUGGCUCUGAACUUGAAAGAAAUCCUCUGCUCAGCCACGUCCUCCACUGGGGCAGUUUCAGUCCUACCAUGGAGCUGGCCUUAUAUAUUAAUUUAUUCAUCCGGGAGAUGUUCUUCUUACUGGUGCUGCACCAGCACACCGCAGCCUGGACUGGCUCUUCUUGUAUAGGUGGUCCAGUCUAGCUUGUUAUCCAACAAGACCCACAGGUACUGUACCAUCUCCAUGCUGUCUCCCUCAAUAUAUCUGGUUUGAGGUGUUUGAGGCUUUUUUUGAAGUCCAGGAUCAUUUUUUGGUCUUCUGGAUAUUCAGCUGCAGCUGAUUCUUCCUCCUCCAGGCCUCAAAGUCCUCCACAAGCCGCCUGUCCACCCCCACCUCCACCCCUUGAUGCAGGCCACUGUAUCGCCUGAAAACUUCUGCAAGGGAAAAGUAGCCCUUAGAGGACUGAUAGUUAAGAAUUCAUUGAACAAAGGUAAGAGUUUUUGAUUCAGAAAUCAAGAUGAAAGCAGAGUAUAAUGGACCCAUAAGAAAAGGAGAAAGACACUGCAAUACAAUAAUACCACAAAGACGUUUCCCACAUAAGUAAAAAGAAGAAUAAAUAAAAAAAGAAUAAAUGAAGGUGAUUUUCAUAUUGGAUGAAACAUUAUUUAACAAAACCAUACAGGUUAAACAAUGUUUCCCAAAUCACAUCUAUGUUUUUUUUUUUUAAAAAGUGUUAAUGUUACAUGUUUCUUUUGAACACUAUGGGCAAAUGAUGAAGAGACACGUCUUGUCUUCUGACUGUAAAGCUUUAUUCACUUAUUUGCCAACUGAAUAAGGAGGGCAAAAUCACCAUAGACAUACAGAAUAGUCAGCUGCAAAGCCUAUUGGGUGUGAAGCCCAAAGGUAAGGAGGGUAACACCACAACUACAAUAUUAAAUAUCAAUUUUUCAGAGCUCCUAAAAUACAGAGAUAUUUCAUUUAUUGUAAAAAUAUGAGUAAAUUAAUUAAGUUUCAACGAUUGUAGAGUAAUUCAAGCAACGUAUAUGUUUUGCUCGCGCUUUAAAACAGUCACGUGACCCACAGAGCUCGCGCAGGUGCAUCGUGAUGGGAGGCAAGAUGGUUUCACGGGAGUAAUCUUCCUCAAAAAGUUGGAGCAAGACACGGUAAAAAGCGCUUUAAUUGCUAUUUUUUAAUCAUGUGCUUUGCUGGUACGCAUUAUUUGAAGUUGUUUUUGACGAACUGGUCAGGUUUCCCUGUUUUUCAGUGUUUCUGCCGUGUUUUUCAUGUCAGAAAAACUUUGCAGAUAUUAGCUUAAACUUAAUAGGUGGCCGCGCGACUCGUUCGAAAACGGGACAUACGCUGCACAUUUCCUCUCUGUUCGUUUCUGCUUAAAUAUUUGUGAGGAAACGGGUUUACUGUGGGUGCCUUUUUCCCCUGCACGUGCGACGAGCCGACAUUGGAGCAUUAAUUACGUCAGAGCAGGCGAACACCUGUGUCGCGUUGACGCUCAGUAGGGAUGAAAUACACAGACGACGCUGCGGAUAUGAUUUGUGGGGACAAACUGUCCAAAAAUGAGCAGCUGAAAAGAUGAUCUGCUGAAGGCCUGCAGUGAUGAGCCGCUCCGCGUGAGUGACGGAACCCGGCCGCAGACAGUAGUUCAGAGGAUUGAUUUAAAACGCGCAUGAAACGUAAGUCAGCAGAACUCCGUUUUAAUCAGAGAGAUCGAGCUGUAGACUUAACGUGUUACAACAGAGGAUAAAGUUCAGCAAGUCAGCUUGUAGUUCCCUGUAUCCCUCUUACUCUUUAAAAAGUGGAUUUGGUAAAUAUAAAUUGUUAUUUAUACAAGUUUGUGUUGAACUAGGUAUGUGUGAAGUGAUGUGAUUUGUGUAACAAUCUUUUGCUGUGCAAUACCUAGGAUGCAUGAAAAGACAAAUUAAUCACUAUUGUCUCUCAUGCAGUUUAGAAUGGCACCACGCAUUAGCCCGCAGAAGGAUGCAAUGCAUCAUGUUAUCACAAAGACUGACAAAACAGGAAAACUAGAGGUGAAGUUCAUCAAUGCAGUUAAAGGGCGUGGUGUAUUUGCUACACAUCCAUUCAACAAAGGAGAUUUUAUUGUGGAAUACAGAGGUGACAUGAUAAAUGAAAAAGAAUGUGAAAGAAGAAAAAGAGUUUACCAUCAUUCCUGUGCAACUUUCAUGUUUGCCUUUAGAUGGAAGGAGAAAAUAUGGUGCAUUGAUGCCUCUAGAGAAGAUGGCUCUCUUGGACGGUUUGUUAACGAUGAGCACAGAUGCCCAAAUAGUAAAAUGAAAAAAAUUGAUGUGAAUGGAGUGCCACACCUUUGUCUAUUUGCCUUACACAACAUUCAAGAAGGAGAAGAAAUUACAUACGACUAUGGAGGCAAUGACUGCCCAUGGAGAACAAAGUCACCAACAGAUGGUCUUCACAUGGAUGCAGUGGAACAAGGCAACCCUGUAACACUGCCAGAGAUCCAGACAGAUGAUGCCAGUGGACUAUGCAGCUCUUUCCUUCAGUCACCAACAGAUGGUCUUCACAUGGAUGCAGUGGAACAAGGCAACCCUGUAACACUGCCAGAGAUCCAGACAGAUGAUGCCAGUGGACUAUGCAGCUCUUUCCUUCAGUCACCAACAGAUGGUCUUCACAUGGAUGCAGUGGAACAAGGCAACCCUGUAACACUGCCAGAGAUCCAGACAGAUGAUGCCAGUGGACUAUGCAGCUCUUUCCUUCAGUCACCAACAGAUGGUCUUCACAUGGAUGCAGUGGAACAAGGCAACCCUGUAACACUGCCAGAGAUCCAGACAGAUGAUGCCAGUGAACUAUGCAGCUCUUUCCUUCAGUCACCAACAGAUGGUCUUCACAUGGAUGCAGUGGAACAAGGCAACCCUGUAACACUGCCAGAGAUCCAGACAGAUGAUGCCAGUGGACUAUGCAGCUCUUUCCUUCAGUCACCAACAGAUGGUCUUCACAUGGAUGCAGUGGAACAAGGCAACCCUGUAACACUGCCAGAGAUCCAGACAGAUGAUGCCAGUGGACUAUGCAGCUCUUUCCUUCAGUCACCAACAGAUGGUCUUCACAUGGAUGCAGUGGAACAAGGCAACCCUGUAACACUGCCAGAGAUCCAGACAGAUGAUGCCAGUGAACUAUGCAGCUCUUUCCUUCAGUCACCAACAGAUGGUCUUCACAUGGAUGCAGUGGAACAAGGCAACCCUGUAACACUGCCAGAGAUCCAGACAGAUGAUGCCAGUGGACUAUGCAGCUCUUUCCUUCAGUCACCAACAGAUGGUCUUCACAUGGAUGCAGUGGAACAAGGCAACCCUGUAACACUGCCAGAGAUCCAGACAGAUGAUGCCAGUGGACUAUGCAGCUCUUUCCUUCAGUCACCAACAGAUGGUCUUCACAUGGAUGCAGUGGAACAAGGCAACCCUGUAACACUGCCAGAGAUCCAGACAGAUGAUGCCAGUGAACUAUGCAGCUCUUUCCUUCAGUCACCAACAGAUGGUCUUCACAUGGAUGCAGUGGAACAAGGCAACCCUGUAACACUGCCAGAGAUCCAGACAGAUGAUGCCAGUGGACUAUGCAGCUCUUUCCUUCAGUCACCAACAGAUGGUCUUCACAUGGAUGCAGUGGAACAAGGCAACCCUGUAACACUGCCAGAGAUCCAGACAGAUGAUGCCAGUGGACUAUGCAGCUCUUUCCUUCAGUCACCAACAGAUGGUCUUCACAUGGAUGCAGUGGAACAAGGCAACCCUGUAACACUGCCAGAGAUCCAGACAGAUGAUGCCAGUGGACUAUGCAGCUCUUUCCUUCAGUCACCAACAGAUGGUCUUCACAUGGAUGCAGUGGAACAAGGCAACCCUGUAACACUGCCAGAGAUCCAGACAGAUGAUGCCAGUGGACUAUGCAGCUCUUUCCUUCAGUCACCAACAGAUGGUCUUCACAUGGAUGCAGUGGAACAAGGCAACCCUGUAACACUGCCAGAGAUCCAGACAGAUGAUGCCAGUGGACUAUGCAGCUCUUUCCUUCAGUCACCAACAGAUGGUCUUCACAUGGAUGCAGUGGAACAAGGCAACCCUGUAACACUGCCAGAAAUCCAGACAGAUGAUGCCAGUGGACUAUGCAGCUCUUUCCUUCAGUCACCAAAGGAUCGUGUUCGCAUGAAUGCAGUAGAAGGCCAUCCUCUAACACUGCCAGUUCCCUGGACAGACAAAGCCAGUGAAUCGCACAUUACAUCUUCAUCUGAGCUUGUGAUGCACCCUGACGAUGAGAUUUUUGUCCCACGAUUAAGAAGAACUAAAAGUGUCAUUCUCCAAGACCUGAAUCUGGAGGACCCUGAUCAGCUUUAUGACUCCACUUCAAGUUCAGAUCUUUACAUUCCAGAUACAAGCUCAGAAAGUGAUGCUGACAGUGAUUGCAGCUUCAGAACACCGGGUCGGGAAAAACGUCCUAAGCUGGAUGACUUACCCAAUGUCAGUAAUCCUUUAAAUGAAGAGAUCUGCGACUCUACAACAUCCAUAAGUAAUUACCCACUUAGUGAUAUACCUGAUGACUUGGGAGCAGAAGAAGAACCCUCUUCAAGUAUGAAUGAUAAUGAUAUUGUUGUUACUGCUUGCCAAAAAAGAGGAGGAAAAAGGGUUUAUGACAAAAAGCAUUAUUGCUUAUAUUGUAAUAAGCCUUACGCUAAGAUGGCCAGGCAUCUUGAGCGUGCUCAUAUUAAUAAAUGUGACGUAGCUAAAGCUCUCAGCUUUCCAAAAGGCUCUAGAGAGAGGAAAAAGCAUUUGGAUUUCAUUCGCAACAAAGGAAACUUUGCACACAAUGCUGCUGUUAUGGAGGCUGGAAGCGGGAAACUGGUGGCAUCUAAACGACCAUCUGCAGAAAUUCAAGGUAAAGACUUUAUGCACUGCGCAUACUGUCAAGGACUUUACAAACGAAAUGUGUUAUGGAGACACGUGGGCACUUGUUCACUUAAACCGGGAACUGUCACCAAAAAGCCUGGCAAAAAUCGUGUUCAGGCUUUGUGUGCAUUCACUGGACCAGUCCCUUCACACAUUAGCAAACAUCUUUGGAAGGUAAUCAGUGCAAUGAAUCCUGACGAAAUCACAAACAUAAUAAAAAGUGAUACUGUCAUCAUAGAUUUAGGACAACAUCUGUUAAAUAAAGGCGGAACUUCUGCAAAGAGUCAGCAAUAUGUUCGAGAGAAGAUGCGAGAAAUGGGAAGACUUGUACAUCAAGCCAGAAAAGUCACAACUUUAAAAAAAAUGGAAGAUCUCAUCAACCCCAAGAAGUACCCUGAGACAGUGAAAGCUGUCAAGGCUACAUGCGGGUAUGAUGAUGAAGAAAACAAGUUCUCUGUCCCAUCACUAGCAAACAAGCUUGGAAAUACACUAGUUAAAGUCAGCAAGCUCUUAAAAGCUCAGGGUUUAAUUACCGAUGACAAAGAGCUUGUUAAGAAGGCUAGUGAGUUCCUGGAAGUCCAUCGAGAGAAGUGGAAUGAGAUGAUAUCAGCAACGGCAUUAAGAAACAUCAGGGAAGCAAAGUGGAAUGUUCCCACUCUCAUGCCAUUUACUGAAGACGUGCAAAAGUUGCACACACAUCUUGAUAAAGUCCAAGAAGAGUGGUUCAGCUUACUCUCUGCAAACCCUUCCACUAAGGCUUGGUCAGAACUGUCAAAGACUUGCUUGACACAGAUAAUUCUCUUUAAUCGGCGCAGAGAAGGAGAGGUGUCAAGCAUGCCUUUAUCAGCAUUUGAGAAGAGAGACCUUUCUGACUCCCAUGAAGAUGUGGACUGGGCACUUUCUGAAGUGGAAAAAAAGCUCUGCAGACAUUUUACAAGAAUUAUCAUCAGAGGAAAACGAGGCCGUCCUGUUCCGGUCCUACUUACCCCAAAGAUGUUGUGUGCACUGGAACUGUUAGUUAAGCAAAGAGAUGCUUCUGGGGUUCUGAAAGGGAACAUUUAUUUGUUUGCCAGACCAGAUGCCUUGACACAUUUCAGAGGUUCUGAUUGCCUUCGGAAUUUUUCUAAGAUAUGUGGUGCAAAAUGCCCAGAGUCACUGACAUCUACCAGACUGCGGAAGCAUGCUGCAACCCUUUCAACUGUGCUAAACAUGACUGAUACAGAGAUGGACCAGUUGGCUAACUUUCUGGGACAUGAUAUAAGAAUUCACCGGGAGUUCUACAGACUACCUGAAAAGACCCUGCAACUAGCCAAAGUCAGCAAAGUGUUGAUGGCUCUGGAGCAAGGAAGACUGGCUGAGUUUCAUGGAAAAAACUUGGACGAGAUUGGAAUUGACCCAGAUGAUGAAGUUCCCAUCACUGAAGAAGGACGCAUAAAUGAGGAAAAUGACUUGUUUGCUGUUGAUGAACCCACUACAGAAGGCUCAUUUGCAUCAAAUGACCGAAAUGAGCUACCAUCUAAAUCACCAGAGAGAUCGAAAGGACCCUCCAUGGAUGAGACUCCUUCAAGUUUCACUGCUCCAAAGUCUAAUCUGAAAGGUAAAUCUGACAAGAAGAGGAAGGAACCUUGGACAAAAAGCGAAGUUCAGGCUGUGGAAAGGCAGAUGAGUAUUUUCAUCAAAUCAUGUCGUGUACCAGCAAAGGCUGACUGCGAAAAGUGUUUGGCAGCUGAAGGGGAAGCCCUGAAGAAUCGGGACUGGCAACACCUCAAGUUCUAUGUUUACAAUCGUAUAACUGCAUACAAAAGGAAAAUUAAGUGUCUGUGAUAUGUUAUAAAUUUCUUUCUGUUGGGGAAGAAAAUGUUAGAUUGUUUAAAAUUAAGUUCAUAACUGCAUUGCAACUGGUUUGUUUAUUGCAGCUUGUUUCACUCACUGAAGAUGAGGGGAAAAAGUGUACAAAAUUCCCAUGUUUUGAUUGGCUAACUUGCCAUUAAACAUUUAAGCCUUUGUUGUCCAACUAAAUUGACUUGUAUGCCAACACAAGUACUUGUGAAGUAAAAACCAAAUAAGACUA